UCCAUCGCCGGUGGCGCCAGUGCCAUUUCCGGUAAACCGCGACGCCAUUGGUACAGUGCCCCGACUGAAUUAUGACCAGUCCGAGUCUGAUAACAUUAGAUUUAAUCAUAAUUGAAAGGUUCACCCCCUCCACACACCCAGAUUCCACCCUCUCAGUCUCAGCGUCUCCCUACCGAACAAGGUCAUCCUCUACCUUCUAUCAGCGGCGGCUCGUUCCAAUUUUUUCGUUCCGGUGCCACAUCAGCAAUCCUUGAAGAAUUUGGUAUUGCAUUCUGACGUUGAAGCAGUGUAUCAAAGACGAGAAUUACUGUAUCUCAAUGGCAGCUUCAGAGAAAACUCUAACAAACAAAUGCACAACAAAUGAAGGUUGGACUGUAGUUUUACCCCGUCGCAGCAGACAAAGAAGAAAAGCUACCAAAUCUGGAGUUUUGGAGGAAAAACAAGAGCCAUGGACUCCAACAGAUUCUCAGACUGACCCAAGCAAAGAAGCAACAUUGGUGCAGAAAAUGGAAAGAUGUAUAAAUAGGAUUGAGAGAUCUGAAUUCUAUCAUACUUUCAGGGAUCAAAUUCAAACAUCUGUUGUUGAUUACUUCAAUAGAGUUUUGGGCUCAGAGAUAAAGAUGCAAAUGGUCAUUUAUGGUAUUGGCAGCAUCAAAUUGUAUGAGCCCCCUCGACUGCAGCUUAGUCUUGCAAUAUUGAUGAGAAGAGAUUUCAGUUGGAUUGGAAACAUAGAGGUAUUUGAUCCUAUUCUUUCUGCAACUGAGUCUCGGGUUUUGGAAGCUCUUGGCUGUUCUGUCAUGUCCAUAAAUGAGCAUGGGAGGCGAGAGGCUCUAAAGCCAACAAUGUUCUUCAUGCCUCACUGUGAAGCAGAGCUAUAUAACAACCUGUUGCAAGCAAAUUGGAAACUGAAUCUCUUAAAAAACAUGGUAUUAUUUGGGAACAGCUUUGAAACAUAUGAGCAGCACGUGUCACUGUGUAAGAACUCACCUAUUCUUAACUCGAUGGGGCAUAUUUUGGCUGCUCAAGGAUUCACAAAUGAAUUUAGAAUCCAAACAGUUUCAGAUGAUUAUUAUAAUGCAUUCCAUGAUUCAAGUUGGCAUUUUUUCAGCCCUCUCCUUGAGACAGAGCUGCCUAUUAUCAAUUCUUGAUUGAGGGCAUCUUAUAAGCAUAAAUUCAUUUAAAGGGAUGUAUAUCCGUAUUAACGUGGCUGUACAUCAUUUUGUCAUAAUUAUUGAUCUAGUGUAAGACUGUUACCCUCCUAUGUCUUCUUAUUUUUUCAAAUAUCCUAAGCUUAUGUAUUCUUUAACUGUUAAGUUGUAUAUUUUUUUAAGUAUGCUUGUUGAUCCUUGCACUGUUGCACGUGUGGUCUCUGUCUGUGAUGAUCUUGUAUCUAGUGUAUGUGGGGAACAGAUGAAUAGGAGGCGGUCCCUUGUCGUUGGAGAUUUCA